AAGUUUAGUUUGAAGUGUGUUCAGCUGUCAGUGUCAGUGUGUGUGUGUCCGUGUGCGUGAGCGGACGGCAGGAUGGAGGGAUCCGAGUGUCCGCCUGUGACCGUGGAGGGGGACUGGACUCCGGCUCAGACCAAAGCCCUGAAGAACAAACUACAGAUUUACUUCCAGAGCAAGAAGAAGUCGAGCGGAGGAGACUGCCGGGUGGAGGCGGAGGAAGGAGCCCCGAGGGCGGCCGUUUACUUCAGCUCACCGGAGGUGAGAGAGCGAGUCCUCGCGAGGAAGAAUCAUGAGAUCAUCCUGGACAGUAAAACCAUCCAGUUGCGGCUGAGCUCAGAAGCAAGCCCAACAAGCAGCGACGAUGUCUCAGACUCAUCGACAGACUCAAAGAAGCCUCAGGCUGAACCUGGAAGUGGAGCUGCUGCUGCCAACAAAGAGGACUCAGAGUUGUGUCAGAGCUGUGCAGUGGUUUUGGAAAAUGCCACAGACAACAUGUCCACAGACCUGCUCUCCAUGCUGGUGGAGAACAUCUCCGGGUUGGAUGAGAACGGCUACAGCAUGGAGAACAUCUGGGAAUCCAACAGCACCGUGGUCACAUUCAAAAGCCCUGCAGAUGUGGAGAGAUUCCUCUCUGUAAGUCAGACCAGCACAAAGAUGAAGAAGCAUGGACUGACCGCUCGGCCUCUGGAGGCAGCAACGAACAUCCGAGUAGAGAGUCUUCCUCCGACUGUGGUUCAAGACAUGCUGGAGCUGUAUUUUGAGAAGACCUGGACUCUGCCGGCCAAAAUUGUCAUGAUGCCAACUGAACAGGCUGCCAUCAUCACUUUCAGCGACCCUAAAGUUGUGGAAAAGAUUUGUGUAAAGAAAGACCUCGAGAUGAAAUCUAUCACAGUGAAAGUGUAUCCAUACUAUGAGUCACUGGGAACCGCCUUGUACGGCAAAGAACGACCAACAUGGAAGAUGCCCGAGCCCUUCACAGAGCCUGUUCACCACGUUAUCUGGAAAUUCCUUGUGGAGAAGAAACUAUCAGAACACAUCAAUGAUCAGAUGCGUCCACAUUUCUGCAGAGUGGAUUUGAAUGGCCCUGAUGUGAAACUCAGCCCUGUGCCGGAGUUUUUGAGGCAGCAAGCUCUGACUGCAGAACAUGUAGAUAACUGGAUGAAUAAGGCCCAACAUGCCUUCCGUCGCCUGAUGUCUCAGUACACGGCAUUCGAAUGUCACGUAAAUGCACCGGGAUGGACAGCUGCAGAGAAAGAUGUCCGUUCAGUUGUGAAGGAAGAUGCCAUCCUGGUGCUGGAUGCAUCCAAAGGGGUUCUGACUGUUGCUGGCCGAGCUGAUGAUAUAAAACGAAUCAGGGCUCCUGUGGAGAACAUUCUUCUGAAAGCCAUGAGUCACAUUGAACGGCAGACAAACAGCAUCUCUGAGGAAAUGAUUUUGUCCCCUGCAUGGUUCUACAUCCUGAAGCAGGAAGGGCUCCAGAAAGCUGCUCUGGAUAUUUCUCCUGAGAUGAAACUCUCUUAUGAUGAAGGCACCCAGAAGUUAACCAUUACAGGACUCCCUGCAGAGGUCUUCAAGACUAAGUCAUGGAUCUUGGAGAGGAAUGUGAAUAUGAGUAAGAAACAUCAGAAUGUGUCCCCAUGUCUUCUAGACUUUCUCAAAACAUUGGAUCCCAUGGACUUGUCCCAGGAUCUGUUCACAUCUCAAGGCAUCAGUGCAAUCUACACCAUCGAAAGCAAAGGGCUUCUCCUGUUUGGGAGUUCUGACAGAAUCCUUGCUGAUGCAGAAAGUAAGAUGAAGGCUGCUUUUGCUCAUCAGAUUGUAAAUGUGGAAGAUCAGGAAGUUCUAAAACUCGAUACCUGGGCAGACCUGAAACAAAACCUGCUAGAUACCUACAACUUAUCGAAGAAAAAAACUGUGGCCAUUGAGAUGCAUCCAGAGAGAAAAAUAACAGUGGCUGGUUUUGUGAAUCCAGUGAAAGAGGUCAGCCACAGUCUGAGGGUAUUUAUUGAGAACUACUCACGAGUUCAAGAAACCCUUCGUGUCCAAUCCUGUGCUGCUGUUCAGUUUAUUGAAAGAAAAAGAACAGAGGAAUGGUCCAGUAUUGCCAAAAAUAAUGAUGUUUCAGUAAAUUUUGAUGUAGAGAGGCCAAGAAUCAGCAUUGCAGGAGCUCGUCUUCAUGUCCAGAAAGCCAAAUCCUGCUUUAUGGAACUGGCCAGCGCUCUCUUCACUGACACCUUAACUGUGGACAAGCCAGGAGCAAAGAAAUAUUUCCAAACCCAAGGAAGCAUUUUCCUGUCUACAAUAAUGAAUGAGUUAAGAUGUGUGAUUCUCCUUCGUCCAGAGAUUGAAGAUGAUGAAGAAGAAGAAGCUGAGAAUUAUGGAGGAGAAACUACCCUUUGUUAUUGUAAAGUGCAGACCAACAGUGGAGUUCUGAUUUCUGUCAGUAAGGUGGACAUCUGCAGCUUUGGUGUGGACGCUGUGGUCAAUGCAGCUAAUGAGGACUUAGACCACAUUGGUGGCCUGGCUUUGGCACUGCUAAGGGCUGCAGGACCACAGCUGCAGAGAGAAAGCAGCGACUAUGUCGCUAAAAAUGGACGUCUACGUCCAGGUGACGCCAUCAUAACAGACGCCUACAACCUGCCUUGCAAACAUGUUGUCCAUGCAGUUGGUCCACGAUUCUCUGACUUUGACAGGAAGACAGCAGUGUCACGCCUGAAGACUGCAGUUAGAGAAAGUAUGAGACAAGCAGAGAUGGCCAACUGCUCCAGCAUUGCACUGCCAGCGAUCAGCUCGGGCAUCUUUGGUUUCCCUGUUGACCUCUGUGCUGAGGCCAUAGCCCAGGCAGUUCGGGAGUACUGUGAAGGCCCACAAGGUCUGAGAUCAUUAACUGAGAUUCACCUGGUGGACAACAACGAUAAGACCGUCAGAGUCAUGGCUACAGCUGUGAGCAAGGAGUUCUCAGACCUCAGACCUACCAUGACCAUCUCACAGCAAGCAGGCGGGAAACGAACAGGAGCUUCAGGUGGAUAUCACCGAGGUCGAGGCAAACGAGGUCAGAGCCAGUCACGUGGUGCCAGUUGGUCUGAAACAGAAGGAAGAGGAGGAAGAGGUGAAUCUUGGGGAAAUCAUCAGGGUAACAGGGGAAGCCAAAGUCCCAAGCAACACACCAGCCAUGGAGAGCACGGAGGGUUGGAGCAGAUGACAGCUGAGGGGCUAAAGAUCAUUCUGUGCAAGGGAAACAUUCAGGACCAGACUACUGACGUCAUCGUCAACACCAUCUCAGAGGACAUGAAACUGAACCAGGGAGCUGUGUCCAAAGCCAUCCUAUCAGCAGCUGGAGGGAGCCUGCAGGACGCCAUCUACUCUGAAGUCAGAGGGAACACACUGCGACACGGGGAGGUCGUCGUCACUGACGGCUACAACCUCACAUGUCACAAAGUCUUUCAUGCUGUUUGUCCAUUCUGGGAUAACGGAGGCGGCCAGGCAGAGGAGGAGUUAACAUCCAUCAUCAGAUACUGUCUGGUGGAGGCUGAGAAACGUCAGAUGGCAUCGUUGUCCUUUCCAGCCAUCGGGACAGGAAACCUGAGCUUCCCCAGAGCCCUGGUGUCCAAACUCCUGCUGAGGGAGAUCCGCUCGUACAGCAGCAGCAGAAACCCUCGCUGUCUGAGAGAGGUGGUCAUCGUCGUUCACCCCAGUGACAGCCAAACCGUGGAUUGUUUCUCCAGGGAGUUCACUGGUCAGGGUGCUCCAAGGAACAUGCAGCAUGAAGCACGUGAUUUUAGUGAGUUUCCAGGCGAGUUACCAGCUCAUCAAUCCACCAGCCAAUCAAAACACUCCUCAGCCUCCUUCGGUCCAGUCUUGUCCACCUCCCUCGGUGUGUACCAGAUGCAGAUGGGUCAGCUGACCCUUGAGGUGUCAUCUGGUGACAUCACCAAAGAGACGAGUGAUGUCAUUGUCAACUCCUCGAAUAAAACCUUUAACCUUAAAGCAGGAGUCUCCAGGGCGAUCUUGGAAGGCGCUGGGAGAACAGUCGAGCUGGAGUGUGUUCAGAUUGUGAGUUCCACGGCUCAGCCUCGUGCAAUGAUCCUGACAUCAGCCGGGCAGCUGCCCAGCAGGAACAUCAUUCACGUCAUCGGCCAGAACGACCCUGAAAACAUUAAAGACACGGUUUACUCAGUGCUGAGGGUCUGCGAGGAGAACAAGUUCAGCUCUGUGGCCUUCCCUGCCCUGGGAACAGGUCAGGGAGGGGCCAGCCCAUCAGCCGUGGCUGAUGCCAUGGUGGAUGCAGUGGUGGAGUUUGUGAGGAAGAAACAGCCGAGGUUUGUUCAGAGUGUGAAGAUCCUGAUCUUCCAGACAGCCAUGCUGAACCAUUUCCACACCAGCAUGAAGAAGAGACAGGGAGAGACGAUGCAGGAGAAGACUGUCUUUGACAAAGUCAAAGCAAAAUUUCGUCAAGUCGCUUCAGUUCUGGGAUUCGGGUCAGAGUCCAGCCCUGUUGACUUAGUUCUGGAGAGGGAAGAGUUUGAGCCCACGGUGUUUCAGCUGUGUGCCGACGACAACAAGGCUCUGAGUCAGGCCAAGAAAAGGAUUAAUGACCUGAUUGUUGCCGAGCAGGCACAGAAAACCAUCUCUGACCCGUUCAUUAGUCAGCUGUCACAGGCUGACAUGGAGGAGCUGAAGGGUCUGCAGAGGAAGCUGACAGUCAGCAUCCGUCUGGACAAAGGAACAGAGGACCAGGACCCCGAGAUCCAUCUGGAGGGUCUGACCAGAGACGUGUUCACUGCUGAGUCUGCAGUCAGGGACAUCAUCCGAAAGGUGGAGAGGGCGGAGAACUCAAAGAGACAGGCUUUGUUAGUGAGCAGUCUGGUAGAAUGGCAGUUUCUAGGCAGUAGUGGCUCAAUGGUGGCCUUUGAUAUUUACACCAACCUCAAACUGGAGGAGGCUCUAGAGAAGAAACAAAAGGUGAAGAUCCAGAUCAACAAUGAAAUGUACACCGCUGAUCCAGGACUUAGAAAAGCAGUUUCAGCAAAGAGGCGUAAUGUAGAGCUUCUUCGGAAAGACCUUAAAGAUGACAGCGCUCUGCCUUCUUGUUGGGAGGACAUGAAAGGAGACCUUGUGAAGUUGUUUGCUCUGACUCCAGGAGCUCAGGAAUACAACAACGUGGAGCAGGAACUGACAAAGACCGGACUUUAUCUUAACAUUAUCAGUAUUGAACGUGUGCAAAACCCAGCACUGUGGCAGAACUACCAGAUCCUGAAGAAACAAAUGGAGACAAAGAAUAAACACACAAACAAUGAACGGCUUCUGUUUCACGGCACCACUGACACCUCCAUCCAUCUGAUCAACAGCAAAGGCUUCAACCGCAGCUACGCAGGAAAAAAUGGUGCGAUGUACGGCAACGGCUCUUACUUUGCUGUGGACCCAAGCUAUUCAGCAGGAAACUAUGCCAAGCCCGACACCAAUGGACACAAACGCAUGUACCAGGCCAGAGUUCUAGUUGGAGACUACGCCCAAGGACAACGAGGCAUGAUCACCCCUCCCCCCAAAUCUGGGAGUGCCUCAGACCUGUAUGACAGUGUCACAAAUAACGCUGGCAAUCCAACCAUGUUUGUGGUCUUCAAUGAUAUCCAGGCCUACCCAGAAUACCUCAUUACAUUUACAUGAACUGCCAUACUCCCACUGUGCAACACGUCUCAGGAAAAAAAAAGACCUGUAAUAUAUGUUGAGUUCUAAUUCAGUCAGCAAAAAAACAUUUCAAAUAAUAUAAAAAGACUGUACCUCUUUGAAAAGGCUUUUGCUAUUCUAGUUUCACAUUGUAUUUUAAAUCUGUUCACAGGUUUUAAAGAAACAUUAAAGUAGCACUCCAACAAA